CUCUCUCCUCUCUCUCUCUCUAUAGUAAGUAAGACAAAAGAGCAGGAAAAAGAAAAACCUCAGAUUUGGUUUCAAGCAACAGCGUCCCAAGAAUAAAACUAAAGCAUUUUGUUAGUUUUUGCACGAGAUGCAAUUUUGUAACUCGUCCCUUUAAUACUCACUCAAUGCAUCUCAAAAGUUGCUCGCCAGUAAUUUCCCCAAGUAAUUCUCUGUCUCUUCAGUUCCACUCUGCACACAACUGAAACAGAACACCUCUCUCUCUCUCUCUCUCUCUCCCAAAUGGGCUAAAAAGACAGAGAGAAAGAAAAGCUGGCCCUUCCAUGUAUAAUGGCGACAGGUUAGAACCCACCGGCGAUUGUUGCAGUUUCGUGAAGAACUUCUGAAUUGACAUUUCUGAGUUGGGAAGUUACUGCAUCAAAGAGUGAGCUCAUCUGGAGAUCUACAGCAGCGCCGCCCAUAUUGUUAGUGGGGCUGAGAGUAGCCAUGUUGCACGCUGAUCCAAGCCGUUUGUAUUCAUGGUGGUGGAAUAGCCAUAUCAGCCCGAAGAAUUCUAAAUGGCUUCAGGAAAAUCUCACUGAUAUGGAUGCGAAAGUCAAAGCAAUGAUCAAGCUUAUAGAAGAAGAUGCCGAUUCCUUUGCAAGAAGAGCAGAAAUGUAUUACAAGAAACGGCCAGAGCUUAUGAAGCUGGUUGAGGAGUUCUACAGAGCAUAUCGUGCAUUAGCGGAGAGAUAUGAUCAUGCCACUGGUGAACUUCGUCAAGCUCAUAGGACAAUGGCAGAAGCAUUUCCAAAUCAAAUCCCCUUCAACUUGUCUGACGAUUCUCCUCCAGGUUCCACUGUUACAGAUAUUGAACCUAAUACACCUGAAGUUCAACAUCCAGUGCGCCCUCUGUUUGAUUCAGAUGACUCAAAAGGAGACUCUUCAAGGCCAACAUCAUUUUUUCCAGUUGUCAAAAGAAGUGUAGUUUCUUCAGAAGGAAAUGAUGCUGUCACAAACAGAAAAGGGUUGAAAGAGCUCAAUGAACUGUUUUUGCCCAAUCAGACUUCAGAUAAAGGGGCUCCUGAAUCUGGAAGAAGUGGAGGAAAUGCAAGAUAUACAGAUGGAAAGUUGAAAAGGGUUCUAAAUUUCCAAGGUAGUGAAGGAAAGGGUUCUGAAUUGAAAGUGCAGAUCGAGGCAAGUACAUACCAACAGAAUAAGAUAGAAACACAAGAUAGAGGGACUCAGUAUGAGACCUCAGAUCUUCAGACUGAAGAAGAAAAUGAGAAAAAUAAAUCAGAACCUGAGGUUCCUAAUCUACAAAUGACACUCUCCAAAAUGCAAGAAGAAAGAGAAGCUGCUAUUCUUCAGAGUCAACAGUCUACGGAGCAGUAUCAGAAUGCUUUGCAAAGAGUGUCUGAUUUGGAAGCUCAAGUUUCUGUUGCACAUGAAGAAAUUCGAAGGCUUAAUGAGGAGAUCUUUAAAGGGAUUGUCAAUUUUAAGAAUGCUGAAGAGAGAACUAUUUUGUUAGAAAGGGCAAAUCAGUCUCUGGAAUCAGAGAUGGAUAAUUUGGUAAAAAAGUUUAUAUUGCAACAGGAAGAGCUUAAGAGAGCACAUAAUGAGUUGGAAAAAAUCAGGAUCUGCAUGCAAGAAGAGCGCUUGCAAUCAAUGAGUCGUGAAACAGCUCAUCAAUCUCUGCGACAGCUGUAUUCCCAGUCACAGGAACAAUGCAGAAUAUUGAUGUUAGAGCACCAGCAUCGGAUCCAUCAUUUGGAAGAUCAACUUGUUAGAUUGAAAGAAGAAAAUAACAGCCUGAAUGCUCAAAACAUGUCUUCUGCAUUUUCAUUAAAGAAUCUACAAGAUGAUGCCUGCAGAUUGAAGGAGGUAAUAAGGAAACUUGAAGAAGAAGUUGAACUUCGUAUCGAUCAAAGGAAUGCCCUGCAACAGGAACUGUACUGUCUGAAAGAGGAAAGGAAUGACUUGGACAGAAGAUACACUGCUUUAAUAGGCCAAAUAGAGUCGGUGGGGUUGGAUUCCAAAUGUCUUCGGUCAUCUAUUAAGGACUUACAGGAUGAAAAUAUUCUUCUAAAGGAGAGCUGCAAUAAGAAAGACGAAGAGAAGGCAAUUCUGUUCGAGAGUCUGAAAAGUAUGUCUAGAACCUUGGGAGGAAAGGAUCGUUUGGAAAAACAACUGCUAGAUAAUGCCUGUGAUCUGGAAGAUUUGAAGGAAAUACUGAAAAUUAUGGAAGACACCUUCCAUUCUCUCAUUGAAGACAAAUUAGUCCUUGCAGAAGAGAAAGACAGUCUGGCUGCUAAGGCCAAUUGCAUGAUGCAAUUUCAGCAAGUAUUGGAGGCACUGAAUGCAGAGGCUGAAGCGAGAUGUCUGUGUUUGGAGGAGGAGAAAGAAUUGAUGCUUAGUCAGCUUGAGGAAGAACGUGAGGGCAUUCUUCAAUCUAGCACUAACUGGGAAAACCGAAUAAGUUUGCUGCUAGAAGAAAGUGAAAACAGGAAGGCCAGACUAGAAGAGGAAGAAGAUCGGAUAAUUGAAGCUCAAAUUGAAAUAGGUGUGGCAUACUGUGUUAUUCUUGAUAUGUGCAGAAUGAAUAGAGAUAUGUCCAUUGAAUGCCAGAAAUAUUGUGAGAUCUCAUCAAACAUCAAAAGGCUGGCCUCUGAACUUGAAAAGAAAAGUUUAGAUCAACAUAUGCAAUUACAAUCCAUUCUUGACAAGAAUUCUUUGACUGUAGAACAGAAUGCAAGGCUUAGAUCAGGUAUAGGACAGCUGGUAGAGUUACUUAAUAUUGAUUUUAAUUUUGGAUGUAUUGAUAAAGCUGGGACGGAUGUAAUUUUUCAUAACAUUCGGACCAAAAUUGAGUCCUUGAUUUCAUUGCUUGCAGCUGCCCAAAAUGAAAAUGAACAAAUGCUUCUCGAGAGCAUAAUAUUUGCUACUUUGUUAGAGCAGCUAGCACUGGAGCUGUCUGGUCUAUGUCUUAGAAAGGAAGCACUUGAGGCAGAGAUUGCUGCACAAGCAGAGGAACUAAGGGCUUUGCAUAGUGAAAAGCGUCAGAUUAAAGAACUAAAUGAGCUGCUGAAAUGCAAGGUGCUUUCAUUGGAGGAACAGGGAAAAGUACUUGAGACUGAAGUUGGCAUUGCUCGUCGAGAGUUGUCUGAUUCUCAGGAGCUGAAUAGAUCAUUGGAAAAUCAGAACCACAAGUUGUAUGAAGAGAACAUGUCUUUUGCAAAAGAUCUCAUCAAUUUGAAGGGACAGAAGCAUAAUUUAGAAGAGGAGAACAACACCAUUCUUAGUGAGGCCCUGUCACUGGGAAAUCUUGCUUUGAUCUUUGAGAGAUUUAGCACUGAAAAGACUACAGAAAUUAGAAGACUCAAUGGGGCACUAAGUUUCAUGACCACCAUUAAUUGUACUCUUGAGGAGGAGACUAAGUUAGUGACUGAAAAGCUGAAAAUGUUGGAGAUGGAAAAUUCAGAUUUCAGAUCAUCAAUGGAAAAGUUGGAAGAAUUCAAAUUUUGUUCAAUGUCUUUGCAAGGUGAGGUUGAUACAUUAAAACUUGCAUGUGGACAGUUGAAUCAGCAUAUUGAACUUGGACAGAAGUUGCUUAAUGAGAAAGAACUGAAGCUAACUGAAGCAGAGAAAAAGAUGGAGAAAAUGCAACUUGAACAAGCGGAAAUUACAAGUCAACUUGAACAUGUCAAGAAGGAGGCUGGAGAGGUUGCAGCAAUCAAGGUAACACUGGAGAAGAGUUUGAUGGAGUUAAAAACUGACAGUGUUAAUAAAUCAAAAAAAAUUGACCACAUGCGUGAAGAAGAAGAGAUAUUGAAGUUGGAGUUGGGUAGAUUGCUCAGGAGAGUUGAUUAUCUCAACCUCCAAGAGGAGCAUAUGAAGACUGAACUGAAAGAAAAAAUGAACGAAAUUGAGCUCCUAUACACUUCAUUUUCAACAGUAUACUGUGAUCUUCAUGUUUCUGUCAUCCAUGUUGUAGUACUCGAGCAAAAAGUGUAUGAACUGAUUGUUGCAUGCAAAACCUUAGAUGAACAAAUACAAGCACAGGCAAAGAAAUUUCUAGACGAAAAUGCUUCCAAGAAUGAAGAGAUUAAUGAAUUAAAGAGGAAAAAUGCCUUGCUGGAAGAAGAAAAUGGAAACAUGAAAGUCGAAUCCUCUGGAUAUUUAUCCCUCAUAUCAUCUCUAAAGGAAAGUACAAUUUCUCUGGAAGAACAGUGCUCAGCUCUGAUGCGGAUUCAACCAAGCUCUCUAGAGGAUACUGGAUUAUGCCACUCUCAUCAUACAAACAAAGUUUGUGAAUCCUGUGAAGAUAAUUAUCAUGCUACAGAAACUGUACAAUCUACAGAAGGGCAACAGGAGCUGCAUGCUUUGCAGGCAAAAAUUCAGGCGAUAGAUUUCACUGUCAGGGAAUUCGAAGACAUCAAAAGAGAAUAUCAUGAAAUAAAACUGAUUAAAGCAGCAUUGGAGAAGCAGCGGGAUGUUUUGGCAGAGGAGAUAGUCAACAAGGACAAGGAGAUGAACAGUAUUCUUGGAGAGAAGGAGAAAUUGGAACUCGAAUCUGACAAACUGCUAAAACAGAUUAAUGAAUGGCAACUCCGUGAAGAGUACCUCAAGUCAGAACUAAAAUCAAGUGCAGAGGAGCUUGAGCUGUGGCAGACAAACUCAGAAGCAGUGUAUCACGAUCUUCAAACCUGUGCCUUCCAUGAAGCAGUGAUUGAACAAAAGUUGCAUGAAUUGGCUCAAUCAUACCAAAUUCUUGAAUUGAAGUCUCAGCACCAGGCCAAAGAGUUUCUUAAUGACAUAACUUCCUUAAAAGUGGAAACUGAUGAAUCCAAGAGGAGAAUCACAGAUCUAGAAAUAUUAAAUGAAGAAAUAAAUGUGAGAUCCAAUAAAACUUCAUUGGUUUUAUCAUCCGUAAAAGAAAGAUUGUGUUCUCUUGAAGAUCACUGUCUAGCAGCAUUGGGGACUCAGGUACUUGGAUGUCAGAAACCAAAUGAUGCUGACUCAUCUUAUGAGCGGGUUAUGACAAAUGUGGAUCCUGAAAGUGCUUUUGUAUGUUUGGGAACAGAGAUUGAGGUUCUAAAUCUACAAGAUAUGCUGAUCAAGCUUAAGAACAUCGAAAAGUUGGUGAUGGAGAUGUCUCAGCACAAUCAGCUAAUUCACGAAAAAGAAGGAAGAGAACAAUCAGAUGCAAACUCUAAAUUGGAAAUGGAAAUUCUAACAUGCAAAGACGAAGCAGUCAGACAGGAAGAUCACAAAAUCUGUAAUCCUGUGGAUCGACGAAAAAAUGGAGUGACAAACCAUGGCACUAAAAAUGUUUUGGUAACAAAAGACAUUCAACUGGAUCAUGUUUCUGAUUCAUCUUCUUUCUAUGGAAGUGGUGCUGGUUCAUUUAGAAAUGAAAACAGAGAAAAUGCUGAACCAGAUGAGCAGAUGCUGGUAUUGUGGGAAGCUGCUGAAAGGCACUGCAGUCUUGGAUCCAAGAGCCAUCCUUCAGUGAAGUCCCAACCAUCUGAUGCCGAUUCAAUUAAAAAUGAUAAUGGGUUCUCCGAACUACAGAUUGAGAGAGACGUGGCAGUUGACAAGAUGGAGGUGUCCUCUGAAAUUGAGAAGAGCAAGAGGAUCAGGGAGGUGCUCACUGCUGAAGCUCAUCGCCUGAUAGACCUGCAAAACAAUGCACAAGGGUUGAAUAAAAGGUUUGAAAAGCUGACUAAGAAUGGCCAUCCAAAUGCACUUGAAAUUAAUGAUACACAAGAGCGCCUGCGGAAAGCAGAAUCAAUGAUCCUGCAACUGAUUGAAGCCAAUCAUGAAUGGCUGGAAGUUAGUCGUGAUAGCCCUAUUGCAUGCUCCAGAGGAGAAGAAGCAGGAUUGAUAGGACGAACGCUUGAAGAUGUGCCAGACGUUCAUAGACCCUAUGUUCAAGAGGCCGGUAAAAGGUUGGAAAAGAUUGAGCAGUUAGAGUUGGAAUUGCAAAGGAUAGAGUUUAUGCUGAGGAAGUUUGAGGAUGUACAAGUUAGUAAAAGCCAUGCAGCUAUAGAGAAACGAGCACGAGUUCUUCUAAGGGAUUACCUUUACGGUGGUAAAGGAAAUCGCCAGGAGAGAAAGAAUAAAUUUUGUGGCUGUGUCAGACCUUCAAGAAAGGCUGAGUGAGGUUCUACUAUUUAUACUGAAGCCACGAUAGUUGGUAGUUGCUAUGAGAGGUGAGAGAAAGUAUGGAUGUCAUGAAUGCAAUAAUUGAUAUUUUUUUACAAUAUUAAUUGCAUUUUAUGCUAAA